AUGGAGAAGCUAUCGUUGGAGACCGGGCAACCCGAUGGCCGGGAUCAUAGUGCUCCAGGUGACAAUGUUGCUGUGGGUGUCGACGAUGUAAGCACGAUCCCGAAAGGCACCAUCUAUCCGGUUUACGAAGCGAAGGCUCGCGUCUUGAAUCGGGCGAUUCAAGAUAUUGGCAUGGGCUGGUAUCAAUGGCAGCUCUUCGUCGUUGUGGGCUUUGGCUGGGCAUCAGACAACCUCUGGCCCAUCGUCACCUCGCUGAUCUUCGCGCCGGUCAAGCUCGAAUUCUCGCCACCGCAGGCGCCGUUACUAUCUCUUGCUCAGAAUCUGGGCCUGCUUGCUGGCGCAAUGUUCUGGGGGUUCGGCUGUGAUAUAUUCGGGCGGCGGUGGGCUUUCAACAUGACUCUGGGCGUGACUGCGGUCUGGGGCCUGAUAGCGGCAUCGGCGCCCAACUUCGCUGCGAUAGGUGUAUUCGCAGCCUUCUGGUCCUUCGGCGUGGGUGGCAACCUCCCAGUUGAUUCAGCCAUCUUUCUUGAAUUUCUCCCUGGAACGCACCAGUACCUCCUGACCGUUCUUUCCAUCGACUGGGCAGUAGCUCAAGUCAUCGCGACUCUGGUUGCGUGGCCACUACUCGGUGGUAUGACCUGUCAGCAGACCGACGAUGUUUGCACAAGAUCCAAGAACAUGGGAUGGCGCUACUUCAUGAUUACCAUGGGCGGUUUGACGCUCAUCAUGUUCGCCGUGCGGUUUCUCUGCUUCACCAUAUUCGAAUCACCCAAGUACCUCAUGGGCAAGGGACUGGACGAGGAGGCGGUUCGCAUCGUCCACGAGGUCGCGCGGCGGAACAAGAAGACUUCUUCCUUGACCAUCGAUGAUCUGCGCGCGUGUGAGCCGGAAGGAUACGAACAGCGCGCGAGCGCUAGUCGUGCUGUUAAACGGAAGCUUGAGGCAAUCAACAUGAACCAUACCCGAUCCCUGUUUGCGACAAAGAAGAUGGGCUACUCUACAGCGGCACUGAUGUUUGUCUGGGCCUUCAUCGGUCUCGGAUACCCCCUCUAUAAUGCGUAUCUGCCCUACAUUCAGAGCACGCGCGGUGCCGACUUCGGUGACGGGUCGACGUAUCUCACGUAUCGCAACUCGUUGAUCAUCGCCGUGCUCGGUGUCCCUGGUGCACUCAUCGGCGGAGUCCUCGUCGAAGUUCCCAAGUUCGGACGCAAGGGCGCCCUGAGCCUGAGCACCGCCUUGACGGGUGUCUUCCUCUACGGGUCGACCACGGCGACUGAUUCGGCAAGUCUACUCGGGUGGAACUGCGCAUACAAUUUCACCAGCAACAUCAUGUACGCAGUUUUAUACGCAUACACCCCUGAGCUCUUCCCCACCAAGGACCGAGGCACCGGCAAUGCGUUGACGGCGACGUCUAACCGCAUUUUCGGUAUUAUCGCGCCUAUCAUUGCGAUAUAUGCAAACCUCGAAACCUCGGCGCCAGUCUACACGAGCGGCGCUCUGUUUAUUGCGGCUGGAAUUAUAGUGCUGACCCUGCCAUUCGAAUCGAGAGGGAAAGCGAGCUUGUGA